CCCCUCCUUCCGUCCCCCCCCCAGGUGCCCGGCGUGAAGGAGAUCCUGCUGAUGGGCUUCUACCAGCCCCACGAGGCCCUCAGCCGCUUCUUGGUGUCAGCGCAACAGGAGUUCAAGAUCCCCAUCAGGUACCUCCAGGAGUAUGCAGCACUGGGCACGGGUGGUGGCAUCUAUCACUUCCGAGACCAGAUCCUGUCAGGUGGUGCUGAGGCCUUCUUUGUCCUCAACGCAGACGUAUGCUCAGAGUUCCCCUUGCAGGAGAUGCUGGAGUUUCGGCAGCAGCACGGGGAUGCGCACAGCUUUGUCAUUCUGGGUACCACAGCAAACAGGACGCAGGCGCUGAAUUACGGCUGUAUCGUGGCAAAUGCAGACACGCAGGAGGUCCAGCACUACGUGGAGAAGCCCAGCACUUUUGUCAGUGAGAUCAUUAACUGUGGCAUCUACCUGUUCACACCUGCCAUCUUCCAGCACAUCGGUGAGGUCUUCCAGAGGAACCAGCAGGAGCUAGUGCUCUGUCCUUACCUUGGAGAGGAGAGUUCCAAUGGCUGGCAGCGUGCAGAAGUGAUCCGACUAGAGCAGGAUGUUUUCACAGCUCUGGCUGGGAGUGGCAAACUCUUCGUCUACAAAACUGAUGGCUUCUGGAGUCAGAUCAAGUCAGCUGGCUCUGCUAUCUACGCCAGUCGUCUUUACCUGAACCAGUACAGCAAAAGCCACCCUGAGAGGCUGGCCCAGAACAAACCUGGAGGCCCUAUCAUCCGAGGGAAUGUGUACAUCCACCCUACGGCCUCCAUCGACAGCACGGCAGUGCUGGGCCCCAAUGUCUCCAUUGGUGAGGGGGUGACAGUGGGAGCUGGUGUGCGUGUGCGAGAGUCCAUUGUCCUGCAUGGCGCCUCACUCCACGACCACACCUGUGUCCUCAAUACUAUCGUGGGCUGGGACAGCACCAUUGGGCGCUGGGCCCGGGUUGAAGGAACACCCAGUGACCCUAACCCCAACGAUCCCUAUGCCAAGAUCGACAGCGAGACCCUUUUCCGGGACGGGCGCCUUACACCAUCCAUCACAAUCCUGGGCUGCAGCGUCACCAUCCCCGCUGAGGUUGUUAUUCUUAACUCCAUCGUCCUUCCUCACAAGGAGCUGAGCCGCAGCUACAAAAACCAGAUUAUCCUGUGAGUUAGUGGCUUGCUGGGUUGGGGGGCCCAGGGCCAGCCACCCACUCCCUGCCAUGCCCCACAGCAAGAGCGUCUGCUGAGACUUCAUCUUCUGGGAGGUUCCCAGCACCCCCAGAGGGGUAAGGUGUAGGCCAGGAGCCCUGCAAGUGCCUGACUCCUAUUCCAGAGAUUAAAGCUGGUGAGAACCAGCCUCACAUGCUGCUUCUCUUGCAGCCCAGGGACCAGCCCUGGGGCAGGGUGGAGGCUUUAGGGACAGCAUGUGGCCCUGGCACUAGGCUGCACACCUGUGCAGGGAGCCAUAGCCUGAGGCUGUUGAGGGAGCACUUGCUGCCUGCAGCUUCUUGGGUCCAGCUUUGGGUCUUUCUCCAACAAAGGGCACUACCAGCACCAUCUUACCACCCCUCACCAGGCUCUCCCUGCAUCAGUUGCUGUCUGCAAGACCCUGGAAGGUCCUGGCCCAUCUUAAAGGCCAGGGAGCUCUGAAUGUGCCUGUCCUGUGGCAGCAGCUCACCCCACAGGAACCAGUUGUGAGGAUUCCAGUUCCAGCAGUGUGAUUGCAACAGCCUGAUCUGGGCUCCUGCCUACUGCUGGAAAAACAGCAGCACCAGGCUGUCUUCAGGGCACUGGCACACAGGGCUGGGUUGGACAGGCAGGCUGCUGGCCCUGGAGGGAGCAGCAAAAGCUCAGUAGGAGCCAGGAUUGCUGCCAGCCCUGCCAAGCCUGCUCCUGUCAGGCUGAGACCUGUGCAGGCUGCCUAGGCAGGGCUCAGGGUGACGGCAGCGUGCCCCUGCCACCCUGGUGGGAGAACAGCCUCCCCUGCACCCCAACAUAGGUGCAGCUUGGAGGGGCUCUCGCUGCAUAUCUUCCCCUCUCGCUAGCCACAUCCCCAGGGCACCAGAGCAAUCAACUUAUGUGCAUGCAGGUGGCAGAAAUCUACUGCCUCACUGUCUCAGAGUGUUUUUAUUGAAGGCAGCUCCCUGCUGAUCCUGGCACAGUCUAUGAUAACCAACACUGCCCUUUAUCCACUUACAUCACCAUCUUUGCCUCUGGUUUUGGAGCUCUCUGCUAAAGCCCUGCACUCCACUGAGGGCCCCAUCAUGCCUCUUACCUUCAAGCAAGGCACUGCAUUAGGGAUUCUCCAUCCAUCCAGUACCACCCCAGCUCGAUGGAUUUGCAGCAAAUCCUUGCUCCCAGCCCUGUGCCUUCCUGUGCCAGUUCUCCUGUGGUCCUGGGCGGGGAUUAGCUGUUCCUUGGCUUUAAGCACAUUAAACUCCUUCAGUUUUGCCUCUGC